UUAUAAUGAAGCUGAGCACGUUGGUGGUGGUGAGUGUUUAAGUCCGGGUGAAGCCCAUCUGACGCACGAAAACCGAGGAACUUGUACAAUAUCCGGAUCCGGACUGACAAUUGUAUUGGUGAGGCCCUGUACUGCACACUUUUCAUUCCACCGCGGGAGGCGUGAAGUGUGGGACACGCAGGGAAGCGUUCUGUGAAGUGUGACAAGAAAAAUCAAGAGUACGAGUGUGAGUGGUAUGGAAGUGGUUCAGUUAUGAGUGAGAACUUGACCUGUGAAGACGAGUGGGAGAGUCUGAGUAGUGUCCCGCUCACCUGCUCCUAGUGCAGUGCUGGAGAGAUCCCAGUAGUGUGUGGUGAGCUGUAAGACGCCAGCGGAAAAGGAGUAAGGGAAAACCCACACAAUCCCCGUAUGAAGUCAGAACAAUAGAGGAGAAAGAGGAACUCACUAGUGAAUCCACGACUCAAGGUUACGCUGCUUCCUUUCGACGUCACUCGAGGUUGUGUGUACAUGGACGUAGACACAACACGCACACAAUAUAAGGAGAUGCGCUUGUCGACAGCAGGGCUUCUGGCAUUAGUAAGCCACCUGGCACUUACAGGUGCAUGGGAUGUCAACUUCCAACGGACCAAGUGUUACAAUUAUGGUUUGAACAACCUAGCAGACCGCAUGCCCGUCUCCGUCAGCAACCUGGUGUCUCUGGUGGAGAAGAUGGAGGGCGCCCACAGCUAUGCGAACCCCGAUGCCAUAGCGGAGGCUCUCUUGCAUAGGUACCGAAUUGAUGGCAUUACGUACACCAACCCCACCACCUCCUCCUACUGGGACCCCAACGACUUCUACGAGGUCCAGAAGGCAGAGCUGCUAAAGAGCCUUGUCACCAUGGAUCAGACCGUGCCUGACUUCACCUUCGAGCCGCGGGAAGAGUGUACGCUGCACUUCAUGACGUCUCACAGUGUAGACCUCUACCCCCAUGCAGGCCUUGACUACGUGUGGGAAAACCCAAGGAUGCGACGGAAGAGAGAUGUUGGAUCACAAAAUCGUUAUGGCCUUCCAAUCAACAUUAAACCUGCCACUCAUCCCAUUGAAAAUGGUGUUAUAUGGACCCCUGCAGGACCAGUAGCAGCAGGAACCCUUCUUGCAGGAAUUAUGAUCACCGACACUUCCCAAGGACAGACCAUCUCCCAAAUCUAUCAGUCACAGAACUUGGAAUUCAUGCCUGACGAAAUGACACAGAAGCGGAUCAUGCCUCUGUAUGCUGCAACUCUAUCAGGUGACAUUGGUCAAACAGCUGUGAUUGGCUAUUUGGCAAAAGUGGGCAACAAUAAUUUCUACUUGGGACCUCAAGGAAUGUUUGCCAACAGUACAGCUGCCCCCAAGAUUUAUACUCUAGAGAGGAACUACGACGUUAAUGUCCCCUACCUGACCCGAGCUGAAAUCUACGCUGGCAUAGACAGUUUGCUGAUCCAGAAAGUGCUGAUGGAGUCAAGUAACAACCAGCUUAGUUUAUCCCAGGCCAUAAGGAUGUACUACAGUGACCAUGGCCUCCCUGGUUACCCUGACUACAAGGCCUGCAAUAGAAGAGAAGCAUUCAAGUCUUUGAAUCUUGCAGUCAUUGAAGAGCAGGCUCUGAAUUACAUGUAUGCUUACUCAGCAAAGAUUCCAACUGUCAGAGAGAGGAUUAAGGAAAAAAAAGAUGACUUCCAAAUGAUUGAACGUUAUUUUAAAGAAGCCCUUGGGGAAGCAUGGACUGAGUUUAGCAACUUUUUAAACAACUUUGACAACUCUGAAUAUGAACGAUGCACAACCUCCACUUCAAACCAGCUCUUGAGUGAGAGCAAGGUGGACCUGCUAGUGGUGUAUGGCUAUGAGGGAGGUGAGACAGAAACACAGAAGGAGCGUGACUACAUUUCACACCUUGGACAGAUGUUGAAUGUGGGUGUGGACAGGUCUCGCAUUGGUGUUUUGGACGGCAAGUCUGCAAAGUGGCUCUUCCCAAUGGCCAACUUAAGCAAUGUAGCUGACUGGGGUAGCAACUUUUCAGAGAGCACAAUAUAUUCCUAUGGCUCUGGAUCAGACAUGUCUGCUGUAAUGGAUGCACUCAACACAUACUACUUUAACUUUUACAAUCACAUGUGGAGUGAUCCCAAUAAUGCUUCAGCCAAUGCUCAGGUGGUGCUGUGGAAUGCUCCCACUAGUGUGCCAGAUCAAGAUAUGUUCAAGCAGCUUAUGGAUGAUUUUGUGUACAAAUAUCCAAAUGUUCACUUUCUGUUCGUGGGCAAGAGCAAGGGUUCUUUCAAUGAUUACAUGGUGGACCCAACCAAGGACUACUUCAUGAACAUUGGACAAGACACAUAUUCCUUUGCCAAGACAAUUGCAAAAAGGAUCCAUGAAAUUCCAACAGUGUUCACAUACCCAACGUGUGACCCGAACAAUGCUAACUUCACCAAUGUUGCUGAGAGUAGUCAUGUUUACACUGGCUAUGUUUCUCCAAACUACACCACCUUCAUCAAAAUUGCCCCAACAUAUUUCCGUUUUUCUGAAAAAGUCAUAGUUAAGGUGACUGAGGGUGAUGUCGCUAUGUGUGGCAGCAGGACCAGCAUGAACGUGGAUGACAAUGUGGACGACAGACUCUGUGAUCCCAACAACAACUUGGAAUGGUGGUUCUUGUGUGGCCGUUGGAUUGGGGAUUGUGACCCAAUAUAUCUCGCAGUCUCUGGCAGCAGUGCACGAUCCAAUGUCUAUUGCCAAGAUGCAGAGUGUCAGUAUCCCAAUCAAAUCAAGUUCCAGAUUCAGCAUGAAGGCAUGACAUGUGGGGCUUGGUCUGCUCCUCCCUCCCUUCUCCUGUUGGCUGUGGCUGUUCUCAUUAUGUUCCUUCAGCCAAAGCUCUGAACAACAGUACACUUAUAUCACUUCUCUCCCCCUUCUCAAAUUUUCCUUCAAGCUUUUAAGAACAGGAAAUUUUGAAUGUUUUGUUUUAGCUGCCUUAAUUUUUCACUUCAAAUCUAUAUUUUUUCACUGGCAUUAUUAUUGUUUUUACCAAGUCAUCUGUUGACCAUCUUAAUUUUACUUUAAUUUUAAUUGAAUACAUUUUUAAUAACAAGUUUCCAAGAAUGUGAUUCUAGAAACAAUAUCAGUAGUUAUAGAUUUCAUUUAAGCAAAGUUUAUUCCCACCAGAAGUUUUCAAACUUUAAGAAUCCUUCUAGUGCAGUGAUAAGAUUUCCUAAUUGCAGUGAUAAGAUUGGCAUCUAUUUCCUAAUUAUAUCAUGAGUUAUUCUUUAAUAAAUACAUUUGUAUAAAAAAAAAACACUUGGAUUUGAAACAAAAACAUGUGUGUAGAAAAAAUGAAGUUGUAUGUGACAAAGGUUGUGUGUAGAAAAAAUGAAGUAUGUGACAAAGGUUUUUUAUGUUGUGUGGUGUGUGUGUGUGUGUGUGUGUGUGUGUGUGUGUGUGUGUGUGUGUGUGUGUGUGUCCCCCAUGAUUAAUUCUAAGAUCAGUCAGCAGUGUAGUGAUUUGUAACAAAACAUGAGUAUCAUAGAUAUUCACUUAUGAAUAAUAGUCUUUGUAUAGUGAAAACAUAUUGUGUAUUUAGUUAAUUGUUUGUAAAUUUUUAUAAAGUUUAUUCUUCUAGACUCAGUUUAUAUGUAAAUAUCACUUACUAUUAUCAAAUUAUAAUGACUGUGUGUGUGUGUGUGCAUGUGUGAAUAUUUUAUCUACACUUUCAUUUCAUAAGUGAAUUAUCUAUAAGAUAUCUUAAUGUCAGCCAAAAAGUAUCUUCACCUUUAAAUUACAUUUUUUUCCCUGAUUUUACUUUAGGUGUAUUAUACUUCUGCUCAGAGCAGCUCUCUUAUAUAUAUUAUAACAACAGGAUGUGGUUGAAGAUACUUUAUAACUGAUAGUAAACUGUCAGAACCAUUCAGGGUAUCACUGUGGCAGCAACAGGCACAUUACUUAUAGUCCACUAAGUUUUGUACAACUAGGUAAAUAAAAAAAAUAGAAUAAAAAAAAUCAAACCACAUUCAA